AUGGCACCACCAGUCAAGCAACCUGAUAAGCUGAGGAUAGGAUUCAUUCACCCAGAUUUGGGUAUAGGUGGUGCGGAGAGACUUGUUGUAGAUGCUGCUGUAUCACUUCAGCGACGUGGACAUGAUGUUGUAAUGUUCACUUCUCGACAUGAUCCCAAAAGAUGCUUCGAAGAAACCCGAGACGGUACUUUGAAAGUUCACGUAUUGGGAUCUUCAUUGCCUCGAUCUUUUCAUCCUAAAUUACCACUCACAAUCGUUUUUUCGAUGCUCAAAUCAUUGCUUCUCACCUUCUUAUUGAUCAUGUCAUUACAUUGGCCUGAGCCAGCGAUGUUCUUCAAUCCCUUAGCCCCCCUAAAUUCAUUCGACGUGUUCGUGGUCGAUCAACAAUCAGUCUGCGUACCGUUCUUACGAUUCAUAGGUGGGACUAGAGUCGUAUUCUACUGUCAUUUCCCAGAUAAGUUAUUAAGUGGUGGGUGGGAGAUUGGAAUCGAUAAAUCAGGUCAACAAAUUGAACGUAAAAAGGGUACUGAAGGAAUAAGUCUGUUGAAGAAGAUAUAUAGAUGGCCAAUUGACAAAUUGGAAGAAUUCACUACAGGUCAAGCAGAUAUCGUUUUAUCAAAUUCCCAUUUCACUUCAAGAAUAUACGCCAGAGCAUUUCCUCGUUUAGCUAAAAGGCCGCCAAGAGUUGUAUACCCUUGUAUAGAUAUAGAAGCCUAUCAACCUUUUUCGAAGACAGGAAAAGGAAAAUCGAAACUUGAUCAUAGUGUAGAAAUAAUCUCAACUGAUCGGCCUACACUUAUCUCUUUUAAUCGAUUUGAAGCCAAGAAGAAUGCUGCUUUGGCUAUAAGAGCUUUCGCACAGCUCAAAGAAGACCAACUCAUUUCUGUCAAAGAAUUUGACAAUCUUAGAUUGGUAUUAGGAGGAGGAUAUGACAAAGAUGAACUGGAUAAUGUCCAAACACUUUCAUCACUUCAAUCAUUGUGUGACUCCCUUAAUCUUCGCUACCACACUUUGGCAGCUCCCGAUUCUCCUGUAACACCUUCUAAUACCCAAGUACUAUUUAUCCUAAAUUUCACAGUCGCACAACGGACUCAUCUAUUAACAUCACCUAACACCAAGGCUUUGUUGUAUACACCCGCCAAUGAACAUUUCGGUAUCGUCCCAAUCGAAGCUAUGUCAUGUGGUUUACCUGUAUUAGCUGCUGAUUCAGGUGGACCAACUGAGACUAUCGUCGAUCUUUCUUCAGGAGAAGAGGGUACAGGUUUACUACGAUCUCCAAACCCAAAGGAUUGGUCUGCAGCCUUGUCGUUCUUGCUUCAAAUACAAGAUGAAGAAAGGGGAAGAGUCUCGAAAGCAGCUAGAAAUAGAGUGGAAAGUAAGUUCAGUUUGGCGACUUUGGGUGAAGAUAUGGAAAAAGCUUGUAGGGACGCUUUCGGAUUCGGUAGUAUACAUGAGACUAUAGGUGAUAUAUUGAUUUGGGGAGGAGCAGCUUUGAUAGCUGUAGGUGCUAUUGGUUUGGCAACAAUGAUCUUUAUCCUAGCAGAAUAG